ACUUUUUGGUAACAGGAAGCGAUGUUAUAAAAACAAACGCACAGCUCUGUGGCAGCGAGGACCCAACGCGCUUUCUUAACAGGUAACGUUUUUACCAAUGUCUGUAAAAUUUUGAACCUUGAAAGAUGAGAAAAUAGUUGAAAGACCACCAUGAAAUAACGCAGGAAAAUGAGUAUUGCAAGUAUCUGUUAAUGACUAAAUACGAUAUGUAUUUAAUGAGUUGUUUAACAAGCUCAGACCCGUUUGUCUGCUCUCAUGUGACCUGAUGUAACAGGUUAUGAACCAGCGUGGGGUCUGAUAUCGUCUAACUUUGAAUACGAUCGAUGUAAUGUAUUGCAUUGGCACUAAAACCGUCUGCAUUUGUAAAUAUCUCACUUUAGAGAUACACUCUCCACCUCCUCUUCACCAGUCAUGUUGAAAGCUAUGGGACAAGUUCUGUUCUCCUCAGGACUGCAGAACCCAAAAUUCACCGCGGCGGAGAAACAGGUGAAUGUUUCCCCAGAUUGCCUUGUAAAAACAUUGAAACUUUGACCGGAUGUCAUCUGUUUGUCACCUGUUUUACACCUCCAUGGGCUGCUGACGGGUGUCUGUCACAUAUUUGCCCUGAAGUAUGGUUUGAAGCAGAAGAGCCAACACUGUUUCAGACGAUUUCACUUAAAAUGUUGAUUCUAAAGCCUAUCCUUCACCAGUCUGUGUUGCAUAAGUAAAAAGAUUGAGUUUACUCAUUGAAAAGUGUGUGGUUCUGAAAAUGUAUCAAUAAGUCAUUAUGUUUUUAAGUUACAGAACCAAAAAUUAUUCCACAUCAUAAUUAUCCUCCAGAAAAGUGUUUAUACAUGUUUGACAUCAUUAAUGAAAUUGCAUAUUGAUGAUUAAGUGUUUUUGUGUAUGUUUUGCAGGGACAAGACUAUGAGAUCCGCACCUACCAUGCCACUAAGUGGGUAAGCACCACUUUAAAGGGGAUGCAGAUGGACCCAGCUUUGAGUGCAGGUUUUCGCAGACUGUUCAGCUACAUCCAAGGCAACAACAAAAACAGUGAGUUUCAACAGAAUUUUUGUGUCUUGUUUGGUCAUUUUUCCCAUGAGAGACUCGGAUGAGAAGGGAAAAAUAAAAGUAUGUAAAGUGUGGAACAGUGUAGGCUUGUUAAUGAGGCUUUUAUGUUGCAGCAUGAAAUUAGGUAUUAUUGAAAGUUGAGGUGAUAUUGCGCAUAUUGUGCAGAAUGAAAUUAUGGAUAACUGGUGUGAACACUAGAGAGUUGAUGAAUAAAUGCAAGAGAACACUUUAGCUCUUGCUCAGCAGUUUGAAACAGCGACACUGUCUUUGUCUUAUUCAGCAGUUUGCAGCAGCAUUAUUAAUGAGAGCAUACAUUGUUUGUACAGUUGAUUUCUGAGGUCUGCAGUGUUGGGGUGUUAAAACCUAGUUUUAAUCCUCCACAUCUGCUGUGCAUUAUGUUUAUUUAUCCACCAUCUGUCACUGAACCUGCUCAGUAUGAGGUUAGGAACAUUUCAUAUCAGUACCUCUCACAAAAACUGAUGACAUGGUCAAACAAUCAUCCAUAAAAGUUUGAUAUUUCCAGCAACAUUAAUGUCAUUCUUAGUUUGAUAUAUAUUUAAGCUUUUGUUUGUUUAUUUUUUCAAAAAUACCUUCAUUUUUCGGUCCUUAGAGGUAAAAGUGGAGAUGACAGCCCCUGUGUCUGGCCGUGUUGACCCUGGAGCUGGUCCUGCAUGUGAGUCUCAGUUCACCGUCUCCUUCUAUAUCCCAGAGGAACAUCAGGAAAACCCGCCUGAGCCAAGCGAUCCAGAGGUCUUUGUGGAGCACAGGAAAGAGUUCACAGCUUAUGUCAGGUCAAUUAUAAAGAAAAGACUGAGUUAAAACUUUAAAUCUAGAUAGUUGUGAGUUGAAGUUUCAUAGUUACUAAUUUUUCUUUCUCUUUUUUUCCAGGACCUAUGGUGGAUUCUCGAAUGAAAACACAAAGCAGCAAGAGCUCCUCAAACUUCUGGAGAGUCUGCAGAGAGAUGGAGUUCCCUAUAUUGACCAUCCUUACUAUGUAUGUGGGUAUGACAGUCCCUUCAAACUGACCAACCGCAGGAAUGAGGUGUGGGUGCUGAAGAAGGAGCAGGAGUAGGGGACUUAAAGGCCAGCUCUAAGUUUAACAAAGUCUAACAUGCUUAAUAAUUUUGAACAACAUGACCAUGACUUGAAAACAUUUUGAUGGUUCUGCAGCACUCAUCAGAAACCAAAGGCACUUAAUAUAAAAAAUUCAAACUGGUAUUUGUAUAGUAUUAGUUUUGAAGGGAACACAAAAUAAGAGCAUUUUAAAUCCCUUUAUUCUGUCUGUUAUUAUCUUUUAUAGUCUUUACUAAAAGUUACUGAAUUAUGGACCAAGGUAGGCCAAAAGUCAUGACAAAUGAAGCUGGAAGAAAAACUGAGUGCUGUGACACAUUGUGUCCAGCAGGUGGAGACAAUAAGUCAGGAAUUGUUUUUCUUAAUCAAUGUUCUUGCUCGAAAACCCAAAGUGCCUCUUAAGUUUUUGAUGUGAGUGACCUUUUGAGAAUGCAUUUCCUUUUUGUGGUUCUCAUUGCUUGAUAUUUAUUCAUUGAGUUUUAAUCUUUAUUUGUUACCUCAUACGAUUAAAAAAGGGAAGAUUUGUUUUUUCCUCUUGUUGAAACUGGCUUACUGACUGAUCAAUUUUUGAUGUAAUUCCAACUUUUUAUGUUUGGGAAUGCAGCUCGUUGGAAAAAAAGUACUUAGUUUGAAUAUAACCUUACUCUUAUUUUGGCUACUUAUAGACUCCAGCAGCUUUUGAUGGUGUCUAACAGAUUAAGAACUAAAGUUUGAAGUCAAUCACAAAUAAACCAACAUAAAGACGCAUCUUUGCAGCCGGUGCGUCAAGAGAAAUCACUACAGUGGCAAAUAACACUUCAAAUUUUCACAUAGUAAUCAUUUCUUCGAUCCUUUAAAGGUAAACUUGAAAAUUGAGCACCCAUCCUUUUGACUGUGCGUGUCACCGGCAGAGCCUAACAGCAGCUUUUUUCCUCCUGUCACUCAGCAGUCUCACUGUGAAGGUGACUCUGCCUGUCUGACAGAUUAAAUGUUGGUAAACCUCAGUUUGUCUGAUCUCUGUCCUCACUUACUGUCACUGCUGUCACACUUGUUACAGCGAGGGGCUGAGUCACAGUAAAUCUGGACCAGAAUAGUUGGCACCACUCAGGCUUCAGCCUCAAAAGUCCAUUCCCCAGCUGAGUUAAUAAGUGUGUCAUUUCCUGCCUUACUGCACUAAGCUCAGAUUUGCCAGCAUAUUUGGUGCUUCAUGAAUUUUGAGAUUUUGCGUAGAUAACCUCUACUGUUUUUGUCACACCUGAAGUUCAAUGAUACACAUAGAUUAAAGUCCCAGUGGUGACAUACUUCAUUAAAGCACUCAUGUCAUUUCCUUUUGUUCAAUCAGACGACUUUGUUUGAACCUGUUGUUGUAUUGUGAAUUUUUCGUCUCACUGUUACUUGUUUAUCUAAUCUAUCGAGGAUAUCCAGUUUCCUCCUCCACACUCUGAUGCUUGUGACCUUUCAUCAGCUGGAUGAAUCCCCCCCCCCCACCCCCCCACCCCCCGCUUCCACGUUGCCCUUCAUCCUUCCUCACCUUCCCCUCUCGCCAACAGGCUCACGUCUGCUGAGUCACUUGUUUUAUUUUUGGCAGAAAUGUUCCCAAUAUCAUGUUCAAAAGCUCAGCAGAAACAAUGUUUUAUUUUGUCCUCUGCAUACACACCAACAGGAAUACUCUGUGUGAUGCUAGUUGGUGUGGUCGAUGUCAUCGAUGGAAUGAAAAAUUUGUAUGGAAAAGAAAUAUUUGAGACUCACAGUUUAAUUUAAAUUUAAUAGUUGUUUAAAUCUUAUCCACCCACAACUGAGUGGAGACCUUAAAUCAGCAUAUUGAUCAGUCAGACAUGAAACUAUAUGACACAUGAGUUCUAUUGACGUGGUUGUAUUCCACAGUAAACCUUUAACUUUACUCCUCACAGGCUGCUAUUAGUUUUCACUCUGCAGAAAUAAUUAACCAAUCCAUUAUACUUUCAGGUAGGCUAAUUAGCGCAGUUUUCAACAUUAACUUCAAAACAAGUUUUUAAAAAAAGGCAAUCACAACCCCACACAGACAUACACAGUAUAUUCACUUUAUUUAUGGGUAAACAUUUGCUGUCAGAAGAACUGCAAAACCUCACAUUAGAGAGGCUGAACAACAACAUUUGUGUCAUUAUUAACUGAAAUUUAUUGAUUAUCUAUCAAAAUAGCAAUUAUUCAAUGAAUUGAUGGAUUCACUGACUAAGCCGAUGUAAAUUAAACUUUAUGCUCCAAGAGAAAAGUUAUCCUGAUGUUAUAAAAUGAUCUUACUCUAAAGUUAAAUCAUCUUUGUACUUCACCAUAGUUCUUGGUUACCUCCGUCAUAUUUGGUCUCAUUGCCAAUGAUGACAAGAGGGAGUACAGAGAACUGAACCUGAACUUUGUGGACUGGUGUCAACGGAACCUCCUCCAGAUCAAUGCUGGACACAGACCCACCGCUCCCUCACUGGUGAACAUUCAGGGGGGGGGGCACAUUGAGAUUGUGGACUCUUACAAGUACCUGGGUGUUCACCUGAACAAUAAACUGGACUGGACUGAUGACACAAACUCACUUUACAGGAAAGGCCAAAGUAGACUCCACCUCCUUUCUUCCUGCUGCAGUCAGACUGUUGAACCAGGCCUACGCUCAGGAAUCCAGGUUUUUAAGUACAACUAACGGACAAUAACUCAAUGUUACCUCAACGUACUAUAUUGACAGGCUAGAUAUUUAAUACGACUGCAAAUACAAAAAUAGUUUUUCUCAGCUAUAAGAACUCAGAUCAUUUGCAAUAACAUGUUUGAUUUCUGUUUUGUUCACUGUGUACAACAGUUUUUAGUUUUAUUGUUGUUUACAUUUCCUCUCUCUUUUUUAUGUAACAUUUUUUAUAGGUCUAAGUUCACUUUUUUUAUAAUUCUGUGUGCACUGUGUGCAUGAAUGUACUUAUUCGUCCAUGUUUGCUGUGCUGAUCCUUUGCUGCUGUUAAAAGGGCAAAUUUCCUGACCAUGGGAUGAAUUAAGGUUUAUCUUAUCCUAUUACUGCAGCAUGCUCUACCUUUAUGAAAGAUUUGCUACAAGGUAAGUCUUUUUUUCCAGUUAGUUGUAAAAGGUUGUAGUUCCUCAGGACUUUAAUGAACUCUACCUUGAAGAACCAUAUCUUCCUGAAGUACAAAUUUAACAUUGCUUUUUAUUCAUUGUAAAUUUAUGACGUCUGGGUUUAUUGCAACACCUGUAGUGGCAGAUUCCUCCUUAAACAAUUUUAAAAGCCACUUGAAUGAGACAAGCCUUACUGUCCUGACGUGUGUCCACUUUCAUACAU